AUGAGCAGAGGAAAGGGAAGUCGAGGACAAUCGAGCACUAGGGGCCGAGGAACAGGAGACCCGAGGAUUGAUGGGGUCAUUCAGGCUAUGCAGGAGAUAGGAAAUGUGGUGGAAAGGCAGGCCCAAGAAAGGACUGCCGCCAUUGCCCAAGCUGUCGAGGCCGCAGCUGCUGCCGCUUUUCUAAAGUUAAAGACGCCGAAGUUUGACGGAAAAUGUGACCCCGAGGCCGCGCCACGUUGGGUGGAAGAGCUGGAGAAGGCCUUUGAAGUACUGGGGUACACCGAGGCUGAGAAGGUGACCUUAGCUGUGUAUCAGUUGCAAGAUAAUGCUAGUGAUUGGUGGAAGGCCACUAGGGGAAGAGUGUUCCUUGAGGGUGUCGCUCAGACUUGGGCCGUGUUUUCUGAGAACUUUUAUGGAAAAUUCUUCUCUGAGAGUGCUAGGGAAAGGAAACUAGCAGAGAUGGUAGAACAUCCUGAGGACAAGGCGCGAAGGUUUCGGGAUAGACUAAAAGCCGACAUUCGCACUCAGUUAAUUCCGGAUCAGGUGGACAGGGCAGCCGCUUCUGGAUCGCGGUUUGCCCCGGUUAAGGACAAUCGCCGCUUCGGGAAGAAGCCGAUGGCGGGAAAUAGACGAUUUGUCCCCCCCGUAAGGAAGAACAUCGGGAAGCCGAACUACCAGCAGAAUAGGUUUGGGGCUUGUUUUAAGUGCGGGAGCACGGACCAUCAGAUCAUAUAUUGCCCUCAGCUGGGUCCAGCAGGACCACCAAUGCGAGCUCAGCCGCCUCGGAUCGGGAAUCAGGCAAGGAAUCCCCCGCCGGCUAUUCAGGGCAGGCCGCCAGCGCAAGGAAGAGUGUAUGCGAUGGCGCGAAGGGAGGCUGAGGACAUGCCAGGCGUGGUCACAGGAGAUGCAUGUUAG